ACAUCUACCACCUACAGCUUAUCAGCUGCGAACUAUCUGCCAUAUGUGUUCUUCCAUAUUUUCACAUCCGUAAUGACUGCAGAAAAAUGCACCAAACUUCACCAAUGAACUAGAAUUAAACCAGCAAGAUGUCUAUCCUCGUCCUGACCAUUCUCUGUGUGGCUGUUAUCUCAAGUUCAGCUUUGAUCAUCCCGAGAGUCAACAAGACCAAUACCCCCGACCCGAGCACUCAUCACACGGAUCCGAACCACAUGGACCAGGUGGCUGUAGACAGCAAACAAGCCAGGACUGUUUUCCGGGAACUCACACUGGGAAAUACCUUUCUCAAAAUGCAGGACCUAGAGAGAUUCCUGAAUAGUUCAGAUACAAACGGUGACGGCCAGGUGACAAGUGACGAGUUUCUCCAAACGUGGUUCCAACAUAAGGUUGGUUCGCUUGUCAACGCAGUCCAAUUCUUCUUCAACAUCGACAUAAACAAGGACAACAGGAUCACCGAUGAUGUCGAUCUCAAGUACAUAUUCGGCAUAUUUGAUAGAAAUGACGACGGUGUCGUGGAUGAGGCGGAGUUUGUCGUCCAGUGGGUGAAGUUGUCAUCUCUGUGACGACGCGCGGAAUACACACAGAGCACAUAUACCAAAAAUAAACCCUUCUUAAGUUA